GUUCCCUCCACAGUUGGCUGGCUGCAAGGCGGGGAGGCAUGGGAAAGAGAACAGCAGAGGAUUGCUCACGGCAUGGUGGCUUCUGGCAGGAAGCAGAGAGGGAUGGGGGAGACAGACCCUUCCCCCAGUGACCAUGCCCCCAGUGACCACCUCCUCCAACCAGGCUUCACCUUCCAACAUCAGUGUAGCUGUGACUUAUCAGUAGACUAACCCACAGAUUCCAAGUUGUGCUAGUACAACCAUAUAAAUGAUUAACACCUGAAGUCUCAGUGUAACAUGGACGAUAUCAGUGAUGACAGAUAAAUACAGACGCUUGGGAAUCAGAUACUAGGCGAAACACUUCCUAAAAGGCCCUAAGAAACACAUCUGCCGGAACCUGACCGUCUUAAUACUGGUAGGACUCAGCCAAAGGAAUUUAAGAGUUUCUAGUAUUCUCCAUGGCUGAAGCUGAGAGUCUGAAACCCUGAUGCUUAAGCUCUAUUCUAGACAUAGCUCCAACUCCUUCAGGAUAUAAGGAAAAGAGAUAAUAUUUCCACAAUGAUAGAUCUUUGGUUAUACAGGUUUCCCAAUGAGUGGAUCAUGAUGACCGUAUUGUAGGGACUUGCCAUAGUAUGGCUGCUUCCCGAUCUACUCGUGUUACAAGAUCAACAGUGGGGUUAAACGGCUUGGAUGAAUCUUUUUGUGGUAGAACUUUAAGGAAUCGUAGCAUUGCUCACCCUGAAGAACUCUCUUCUCAUUCUCAAGUACGGUCAAGAUCUCCAAAGAAGAGAACAGAGCCUGUGCAAAUUCAAAAGGGAAAUAAUAAUGGAAAAACUACUGAUUUAAAGCAGCAGAGUACUCGAGAUUCAUGGGUAAGCCCUAGGAAAAGAGGACUUUCUUCUUGCGAAAAGGAUAACCUAGAAAGGCAGGCAAUAGAAAAUUGUGAGAGAAGGCAAACAGAACCUGUAUCACCAGUUUUAAAAAGAAUUAAACGUUGUCUUAGAUCUGAAGCACCAAACAGUUCAGAAGAAGAUUCGCCUAUCAAAUCAGACAAGGAGUCAGUAGAACAGAGGAGGACAGGAGUGGACAAUGAUGCAGAUAUUCAAGGGACUAAACGUGCUUGUCGAUGUCUUAUACUGGAUGAUUGUGAGAAAAGGGAAGUUAAAAAGGUGAAUGUCAGUGAGGAAGGGCCACUUAAUUCUGCAGUAGUUGAAGAAAUUACAGGCUGUCUGACUGUCAACGGUGUUGAUGACAGUGAUUCUGCUGGUAUAAACUGUGAUGACUGUCAGCCUGGUGGGAACACUAAGCAAAAUAGUGCUGGUUCCUAUGCAUUGCAGGAGAAAUCAGUAGCUGAAAAUGGGGCUUCGGAAACCCAGACUUCAAUGUUCCGUGAUAAUAGGAGGGACGACAGUUAUAUAGACCAUAACGUGCCUUGCACAAAUUCAGAAGUGCAGGUCAAGUUGGAGGACCACAAAUUAGGAACUGCCUGCCUGUCUGUGGAGUGUGUUAAUCAGCUGACUACUGAGCCAGCUUCAGGCCCCAUUUCUGAAAUCCAGUCAUCUUUAAGGGAUUCUGAGGAGGAAGUAGAUGUGGUGGGAGAUAGCAGUGCCUCAAAAGAGCAGUGUAAUGAAAAUACCAGUAACAUCUUGGAUGCAGAUCUUGAGAGUAUGCCAGUCUCGGAAGAAGCAGAGCCGCCGUCUGUUCUAGAUUGCAUCUCAGCUCAGAUGAUGUCUCUGUCAGAACCUCAAGAACAUCGGUAUACCCUGAGAGCGUCACCACGCAGGGCCACCCCUGCCAGAGCUAGUCCCACUAAAAACAGUUCUCCUUGCAGAGAGAAUGGACAAUUUGAGGAGAACAAUCUUAGUCCCAAUGAAACAGGUGCAACUGCUAGUGAUAAUGUAAGUGAGUCUCCCACAAGUCCUGAUGAUAUUUCUCAAAAUGAAAAAGUUUUAUGUUGUGACUCUCAAAACUAUGGAAGCGAAGGACUAAGUAAGCCACCCUCAGAGGGAAGACUCAGUAUCGGACAUAUGCCACCUGCCAAAGAGAGUGCCAGUCAGCACAUUGCAGAAGAGGAAGAUGAUGAUCCUGAUGUUUAUUACUUUGAAUCAGAUCAUGUGGCACUGAAACACAACAAAGAUUAUCAGAGACUGCUGCAGACCAUUGCUGUCCUUGAGGCUCAGCGCUCCCAAGCAGUCCAGGACCUCGAGAGCCUAGGCAAGCACCAGAGGGAAGCGCUUAGAAACCCCAUCAGAUUUGUGGAGAAACUCCAGACAAAGGCUGAUAUAGGGCUUCCAUAUCCACAGAGAGUUGUUCAGUUGCCUGAGAUUGUAUGGGACCAAUAUACCAAUAGCCUUGGGAACUUUGAAAGAGAGUUUAAAAACCGUAAAAGGCAUACUAGGAGAGUUAAGUUAGUUUUUGAUAAAGUAGGUUUACCUGCUAGACCAAAAAGCCCUGUGGACCCUAAGAAGGACGGAGAGUCCCUUUCAUACUCUGUGCUGCCCUUGAGUGAUGGUCCAGAAGGCUCCCACAGCCGUCCUCAGAUGAUAAGAGGCCGGCUGUGUGACGACACCAAACCCGAGACGUUUAACCAGCUGUGGACAGUGGAAGAGCAGAAAAAGCUCGAACAGCUGCUCCUGAAGUACCCUCCAGAGGGGGUAGAGUCUCGGCGCUGGCAGAAGAUUGCAGACGAGCUGGGCAAUAGGACCGCGAGACAGGUUGCUAGCCGAGUACAGAAGUAUUUCAUAAAGCUAACUAAAGCUGGCAUCCCGGUUCCGGGCAGAACACCAAACCUGUAUAUAUAUUCCAAAAAGUCUUCAACAAGCAGACGACAGCACCCCCUUAAUAAGCAUCUCUUUAAACCUUCCACUUUCAUGACUUCGCAUGAACCGCCAGUGUACAUGGACGAGGACGACGACCGGUCGUGCUUCCACAGCCGCAGGGGCGCUCCGGCCGAGGAGGCAUCGGAUGAAGAAAUUAUUCCAAUCAUGUAUAGGAAUUUACCUGAAUAUAAAGAACUAUUACAAUUUAAAAAGUUAAAGAAGCAGAAACUUCAGCAAAUGCAAGCUGAAAGUGGAUUUGUACAGCACCUGGGCUUCAAGUGUGAUAACUGUGGCGUGGAACCUAUCCAGGGUGUUCGGUGGCACUGCCAGGAUUGUCCCCCAGAGAUGUCUUUGGAUUUCUGUGAUUCUUGUUCGGACUGCCUACAUGAAACAGAUAUUCAUAAGGAAGAUCACCAACUAGAGCCUGUUUAUAGGUCAGAGACAUUCUUAGACAGAGACUACUGCGUGUCCCAGGGCACCAGUUAUAAUUACCUGGACCCAAACUACUUUCCAGCAAAUAGAUGACAUGGCAGAGCGAGCGCAUCCCUCAUGAAUCCUCUUCGACACAUAGCAAUGGUGUCAUUGUUGGUGAUGUGCACAGUUCGGAAAGGUCCUCUGCUUUCCCUGAAUGACACUCACAGCAUGAGUGCUUCCCGAGUGUUCUCGUCCAGCCCAACUCUGCACCGUGUGGCUCUCGAUCCCUGUUCAGCAGCCAAGCAUCCUGGUGAGCAGAGGGUUUCCUGGUGAAUCUCCUUGCCGCCUUGAAGCCUGGAGAUGGCGAUCUUAGUGGGUGAGAUGGACGAGAGAGCACAUAUUCACGCGAGAGUAAAUCCCAAAGGUUUCAGAGAACUUGGUCAUAAAUACGAUAACAAGAAGGCAAAGUAUUUAUAUUCAAACACUUUAGUAGCUUUCAGUUUUGUGAAAAUAGUUUUCAGCACAGAAACUGACUUCUUUAGACAAAGUUUUAACCAAUGAUGGUGUUUGCUUCUAGGAUCUAUACUCUAAAAGAACUCACUGUCCAGUGCUGGUCCUUGAUGGCCUUUAGUAAGUCGGAGCUGCUUAACCAUAUUGAUACCUAAUUUCUUUUAACCACAACGAACUGUCCUUGUUACCAACAGCAAAGCACUACAGGAGGCAACUGUGGCAUUGCUUCUUAACCAGCUCAUGGUGUGUGAAUGUUAUAAAAUUGUCACUCAGAUAUAUUUUUAAAUGUAAUGUUCUAUAAGAUGAUCAUGUGAUGUGUACAAACUAUGGUGAAAAGUGCCAGUGGUAGUAACUGUGUAAAGUCUCUAAUUCACAACAUUAUUAAUUCCUUUAAAAUACACAGACUUCUGCCUCUGUAUUUGGAGUUGUCCGUACAACUCAUCAAAGAAAACUGCCUAAUAUAAAAAUCAUAUAUAAUGGUAAUAAUUUCCCUCUUUUGUAGUCUGAACAAGAUCCAUAAAAGAUUGUAUUUUUAUUACUAUUUAAACAAGUGAUUAAAUUUAGUCUGCGCAGUGAGCAAGAGUUCACAUGCAUUCUUUUAUACUGCUGGAUUUUGUUGUGCAUCAUUUAAAACAUUUUGUAUGUUUCUUCUUAUCUGUGUAUACAGUAUGUUCUUGAAUAAUGUUCCUUUGUCAGGAGAACUGUGAGAAAUAAACUAUGUGGAUACUGUCUGUUUAUAUUAUAGAUGCUUGUUGUGACUUCCUUUGGUUAGAUUUGGAUUUUUUUUAACCAGUGUUAGUACCAGGAAUUGUUUCUUUUAAGGGUUUGCUUUACCUGUAUGAGGGUUUUCUUUCCGCCCCUUAUAAAGAGUAAAGACUAUAGUAUGGAAGAGAGCGAGCCUGAGAAGAUCUGUAAAUGACAGUAGUUCAUGUUCUCCACAGCGUAUGCCGAAACCCUAAUCAGACUACCUUGCAAAGCGGGAGCCUGGGCCCUGCUUAAGGAAAAGGGCAGUUCUUAAUGCCAAGAGGUGAGCGCCCAAGUUGGAGACUUUUAUUCUAGUUGUUGUUGAUGAAAAUAAGUCCCCAUGUAUUUAAACAAGUGGUCUCCUGGAAAUUAUUACUGACUAGGGUAGGAUGGUAUAAAUAUUCUAAGAUGGAUUAGGUACUGUAUUAUACCUGAUCCAAUUAGUUUUUUUCCUGUUUUUAAAUCUAGGGAACAUUAUUUACUAGUUCUCUUUAACACAUAGCAGGGCAUAAAGUCUACCCUGACUUUUUUAAAAUAAGAAAAGUAAUAGAAUUUUAAAUAUAGAAAUAUGAGAAUUUUAAAGUAAUAUAUGGAUUACAGAUCUCUAAAGAUGUUGAUACGAUAUAUCAUAAUCAGGAAGAAAAGUAAGUGUACUUCUCACCCUGGAGUUGUAGUGGGGGGAAGGGAGGAGUCGUUAGCAUUCUAGCCAUUUUGAUAUUAAAUAUUUGGUGUGUAUACGCCAGAAGACCUGCCUUCAGCCUGUAACCAGGCAGGGCAGUAGCACUUGAUAGUAACUUCUUGUGACUCCUGUGUUUCUAUAGAAAUAAUACCAGUUAGUUUUUGGAGAACCAUUCAGAGCCACUCGGAAAUCCCAUAAAGUAUGAAGUAUACUUUGGAAGAGGGCUGUGAGUGAGACAGUUGUUAUGAACAGAAGUGACACAAUAAAUCCUUGAGUGCAUUUUUCAAGGGCAGAUAUUUUAAGACUUGUAGAUGAUAAAGAGAAUUAUUUUCUGCUGGAACAGAAGGUGUGUUUAUGUUGAACUUUUCAGCUCUAAGCAAAUAGUCGCCAUGGCAUUAAAAGGCCUACAGGUGGUGGUAGCAGCAGCAAUGGUGUUGUGUUGUGUGUCUGAGUUGAGAAUGGCAGGAGUGGCCCAGGCCGCAUUUGCCAGCAGGCCAUCCAUCCGUGGGCCAAGUGUGGGCUUCAAGAGACAGCAGCUUCGAGAGAUGUAUUUGUCAGGCAUUGCUUACUAAGUGGUUUCAGUAGUCAGAGCUACUGGUAUAUUAUGCUCAGUUUAUUUGCUAAUAACCGAAGAAACUUUUGAUGACACCUCAAACCACUGCUGUAAGGUUUAGGCAGAGAAGGUUUCCUUUGGUGAGAUGGACCAAAUAUGGCGCCAGGAGAGCACAUAGUAACUGAAUUCUCCACAGCCCACGGAGGCAGUUCUACUUAACUACCUUGUUUUCCCGUGAGGAAGUAGAGCCAGAGAGAGGCUGGAGAACUUGCCCACAGCCGUAGUUUGUACAGUGGUGAUGCCCGGCCUUCACCUGGGCAGACCCAGAGAUGGUGUCUGCCUCCCCCGGCUUCCCGAGCAGAAGCCCCCAUGGUGCCGGGCGUUGCUGAGGUGGAAGUGUGCAGGCCUUGCUUUUUGCUGUCCUUUUUCCUGGUGGGGCCUGGUUGCUCAGUACAGACCCGAUCCUGUGUCCAGGUUUGGUGCAUGGGUUACAGAACCUGCGUGUGGAUGGGGGAGAGCUCUGAAAUGCUUGUGAAUCAGCAAGACACCUGCAUGCCAGCCUCUUCCCCCUCAGCCUGAGUGUACACCUUGACCAUACUUGUCCCCUUCCCCUUAAACCACAGAACACAAUUUACUAAGGUAUGAGGAACAUUUUUUUAAAAAUGAGAGAGAAAAUAGUACUGUAGCAAAGGUGACUAUUGUUUUGUGAAAUCUGGUUUUUCAGUUGUAAAUGUAUGUGUGGCAUCCUAUGUUAACUGUAUUUCUUACUGUGGGUACCCGAGUUUGGAAUCCAUUAUUCUAGGUCCCCUGGAUGAAAUGGUGGGGUCUCGUGAUUCCAAGUGGCUUUUCCCACAAGAUUAUGGAGGCACUGUCCUUUUGGGGCUGCAACAUGUUUUUAUUUCUUAUGUUGAUUAAAAAAAAAAUGUACUGCUCUUCAUGAGAUCCCAGUAAAAGCCAGAACUUUUUUUUUGGUAAUGGGGAUCAAACUCGGGUCCUUGAGCUUUCGAGGCAGGCGGCGAAAUCCCUGGCCCCUAAAACUUUUUUUUUUUUUUGCCUCAGUUUUUGUAGCUGAGGAUCUGUGUCACGUAGAGCUAUGUGAAGACCAAGACCACGUCUCUCUGGCUCGGCCUGGCUUUUUGUAGAUUCUCCAUAAAUAUUUGUCAGUUGUCUGACCAAUGUUUAGUGAGUUCCAGUUUCUUCUCUCGCCUGUGCCUGCGUGUGUGUGAAGCAUGUAGGGCUGGCUGGGAGACCCCUUCCCAGAAGUUGCAUCCAACCUUAUCAUGGAGGAUGUGAUUAACCCUGGGCAGCUGAAGGUUUUAGUCCAGUGUGGGACCCGAGCCAGGCCUUGUGUCUCCAUUUUAGUGACAUAGUGGCAAGGACUCCGGAGUGGAGAUUGUGGGGCCCUACUUGCAGCUGAGGAAGUGAAGUACUCAUUAAAGGGCGACAGAGCCACCUUUCCUUGAGCUCUGGGAAGCACAGGUGGUUUCCUUGCACUGCUAACUUCUCAUCUCCACAGCUGCUGUGAAGUUAGGGACUCUUGGGAUUUCUUUUGUACAGAAGGAAAAACAAGGUACAGAGGGUUCCGUUAGCUUUCAGUACCAACUGGUGUGUGGGGGCCGGAGAUAACAAAGCGGUGCCCUCUUGGAGCUCACAAACCAGUGGAGAAGACGGGCAAUAAGUAAGUCAGUUUUUAACACAUUGCUUCAUUUUAGGCAGAGGUAAUUGCUGUGAGGAAAAAGAAUGCUUGAAGAAGAAUGGGAGAGGGGCAAACACCGCCAUUUUGGAUGGAAUAAUCAGAGAAAGCCCUGAUGACAAGGGUCACUUAGAAAUCAGACCUGAGUGGAGGGAGUCUGAUGUAGGAAGAGGCAGGAGAAUGCCCACUGAAAGGACCCUGAGUGGUUUGUGGUUCUCUGAGGUAACAUUACUACUGCCAGUGUGGCCAGGGACGCAUGACCUGGACAGCAGGGGUGACCAGCCAGAGAGGGGAAGCCAUUUGGUUUGUGUGCUAGGGUCCCCCGCACACACACGUGGCCUUUUACUAGGCAGAGGUCCUUUCUUGUGUAAAAUCUCCUGUCACUUAAAAAGUUGUGGUGUCAUUCCGGGCCAUUCAAGUCACUGAUGUGAAGCCGGUGUCCUGCACAGACUCGCUGUGUCUCCUCCUCCACACGCCGUGCUCCGGCCGGCUGUGUCAGUGUCUUAAUCCCCAGACCGCGUCUGUCCUAAUGCCUGCUUUUCCCUUGUCAGAUGCUCCCGGGUCCCCAGAAAGGGCGUGAGCACCAGGGUGGAGGGCAGCAUGUGACAGCUGUGUGCUGCGUGGGAACGGGCCAUGCCCUUGCUGUUCACAGAGGCAUAACUGUAACCAAAGAAAUUUAAUUUCUUCCCUAGGGAACACUGACAUUUCUGUUUAAGAACGAAUGCUAGAGAAAAAGAAAAAUACAAAAAUGACCAUGUAUCAUGAACACAUUAAGAAUUCUCUGUGUAAUAGUUCAAAUCUGGUCUAUGGCCAAAAUUAAAACCAUAUUAAUGGAUCAUAACUCUCAACUAUUACUGUGUUUGCUUCUAAUUCUGUUUGGAAUAAGGCUUCAAAUGCUUUUCAGAAUGAUGUGUUACAAAUAAAUAGAAAAAGAGUCA